ACAGGAAGUUAUCUUCUACACCCAGUUUCAAUGUUUUGAUUUUUCCGUUCACUGAGAAUGACAAGUGUGUAGAAGAAUUGUCUUAAUUUCCGAAGAUUUCCAGCUACGACCGACCCAAAUGCAGAAGAAAAUGUUCACCAAAUUUACCACUCUUAUACAGCAUGCCGUGGACUCGUUUGCUCCGAACUUGUCCCUGCAGGAGGAGUUCAUCCAUCACUGGAAGGCCGUCACCAGCUACUUCGUCGAUAACAAAGGUGAGCGCGGGCAUGUGGAGCAGACCCAGAUACCAGGGCACCUGGACCAGAUGAUGCGGAUCCUGUACGAGGAGGAGGGGCUGUCCCUGGAGAGCGGCACCACAGGCCCGUGUCUGGAGUACGUCCUGCAGCACAAGCUGAUGGAGACACUCUACACGCUCGGCAGGACGGAUCACCCGCCUGGGAUGAAGCAGAUCAUCCUCAGCUUCUUCACCAAGAUGUUGUCACGCAUCAAGCACCCGCUCCUGCCGCACAUCAACGUACACAGAGCUGUGCAGCGCCUGGUGAAGACUUGCGGGGAAGUGAGAGCUGCCCCCACUGAGAAGGAGGAGAUUGAGUUUCUGUGUACUGUUUGUGCCAAGAUCAAGACUGAUCCAUACCUAGUCAACUUCUUUAUUGAGGCUCCAGGAAAGUCUCAAGACAAGGGUCGUCCUUCUCUACCACUGAUGGUGUCGUCUCAGCCGACGGCCACAAACAACCUGGAGUUCUGUCUUGUGGAUGCUCUCAUCUCUCUCAUGUCUAGUCCAGAUGCGCGCAUCUCGGUGAAGGCAUGUGAAGGUCUGAUGCUGUGUGUGAGUCUCCCCGAGGAGUCGGCCGCCAAGUGUAUUGUCGCAGACACCAAGUUCUGUGGACACCUCACGGAGAGGCUCUGUCAGCUGUACGAAGACCUACCCACCGUCAUCAGUCCAGCAGACAUCGACUCUGUGGAUGCCAAGUGGGGUCUGGAUGUUUUCACUGAGCGAGAAGACCACCAGUCUUUCAUUGGCAAGCGCACAUUGAUAUCAUUCUUGUCGUGGUUGGAUUAUUGUGACCAGCUCAUCUCCAUUGCCAACCCCCUGGUAGCCUGUGCCUUAUCCACCUCCAUACAUGUGGAGCUGCUGAAAGGGAAGAUGCAGCCUCUCAUCUUACAAACGUGUGAGACUGGUGCUAUAAUGGCAACGUGCUACCUCACCCGCUGUCUGAAGACAGUAUGUUCCCAACCACUACUUACAGAAUUUACUCAUUUCAUUCUUGGGAAUGAAUCGGAGCCAGAGAAGCCCUCUGAGAGUGUCCACAAGAUGCGCCGAACUCUGAUUGAACGUUGUAACCACAUUUCAGAAGAGGUUUGUCUGUCCACAAUGAAGCUGUUUGACAUGCUACUCCAGAAAGAGGAUGCUCACAUCUUCCAGAACUUGUUCCUGCGGAACCUCCUAGGACGGUGCUACAUGAAGCCACAGGCUAGUUCCAAUCAGUCACAAGAUGGAAGUGGCUCCACGGAAACACAAGAUGCUAGUGUUCCCACAGAAUCCAAAGAUGGGAGUGGUCCCACAGGAUCCCAAGAUGGGAGUGGUCCCACGGGAACUCAAGAUGGUUCCACAGAAACACCAGCUGCAGAUGAGGAGGAUGGAGGCAUGGAUGCUGCCUCCAGUCAUGUGAAGGAUGCAGAUAGUUGUAAAGAAGAGCAAGAUGAAGAGAAUAAGGAAAGGACAGCUCCAGAUUCCCAAAGAAAAGGAGAUUCCCAUGAUAAAGCUGCAGUGGAAAGUCUACCAACACCAAAAGACUCAGCAUAUGUACGACCUGAAGUUCACAAGGUCGUCAACAGUUUCCUGACCAUGCUGCCAGAGGAAGCUAAGUCUUCGUACCAGACAGCGGACAGUGGGUACGACAUGUAUCUCCGUGAUGCCACAAGACAGUUCAGCUGUGUGGAGCAUGGGAGCAAGUCCUGGGGGUGGCCUGUCAAGCCGGUACGGAUGGAGCAGUACAAGAUGGAUGUGUUCUACGAGGGAGACUUCCUCCACAUGCUGCUGACAAGGCUGAGCAAGCUCCUCAAACAGACAUACACCAUAAACCUAGUGCUGACAUCUGUGAUAGCCAGAGUGGCCCUUGUACCACACCCAAACCUUCACGAGUUCCUACUGGACCCAUUCCUACCGGCCAACAACAGUGUUCCCACACUCACCAGUGUGUUGAAGAAGGUUGCUGGUGAGAUCCAGGUCUACCUCAAGACUGAACCUCAUUUUUCUGACAAACUGGUGGUUGCUAGGAAACAACUUCUGGGCGUCAUGGAUACAAUGCACAGUGUAAGGAGCUCGCUCGUAAAGAGUGAUUCAAUCGGGUUUGACGAUCAAAGUCAACUAGAAGCCAUCAUUGUGAUCGAGGAAUUCUGUAAGGAGUUGUCAGCCAUUGCCUUUGUGAAGCAUCAUGCCGCAGUGACCAGGACAUAAGAGGUAGGACAGAGGAGGACAUUGACUUGGACAACGACACACACUGACCAGCUAUCAGAGUCACUCAUGUGGUUACACAUGCAUUUACUGGGACAGUACUCUGCAAAGACAUCUCCACCCUCAUACACCUGUUGUAGUUGUGGUUGUGGUGAUGGUGGAUGGAAGAUGAAGAUGUUCUUGGACAUGGGAGGACAGGCGGACAGGGGGACACUGACCAGCUAUCAGAGUCACUGUUGUGGUCCAACACACAGUUACUGGGACAGGACUCCUUCAAAGAAUGUCAAGGACAUCUCCCCCAUCAUACGCCUGUUGUGGUAUCAUCAUCGAUGAUGGUGGUGGGAAGAUGCAGAUGAAGAUGUUCAGACUACUAUUUCAGGCAUUCUUCCUGGUAUUGGUAAUCAUUCUAGAAUAACCUUGUAUUUCUCCCCAAAUUGUUAAGAGUUUAGGCCAUUAUGAAUGUUUUGUCUCCUUUCAUUUAAAUCUACCCAUCAUCUACAGAACUAGAAAUGGCCAUUCAGUGUUAAAUAAUGUUAUCAGGCUUAAGAUGAGAGGCAACAACUGUAUUAAGGUCAAUUCUUUUACACCACAGUCACAUCUUUUGUGUAAGAUGGUUUCUUUCCUGUCACAACAACGUUAUAGAAUCUCAAAAAGGUUUCAGGCUAUAUGCGAAAUGAAUUGGUCACAUCUACAAGAUAUCCUUGUGCUUGGACAAAAGUUCAUCAAUAAUAACCAACAGAUGCCACCUUAUUAAAUUUGCAUCUGAAGAGUAAAAACCAAUUGUUGGUGUUAGUAGUGAUGAGAGGGUGACCUCACUGCAUCCUCCAUCCUUCACUAACUGAUACUGUUUAUCGUCAUGAUGGGGAGUUUGGCCAGCAACUGUUGAUCAUCGAUCAGAAUCUAGAUCCAUUUAACUGUGACAGUUAAUGCAUCAGCAUGAGCUGAACAAUUGCUCAGACGGACCUGUGUGUCCUGACAUUGUGUUUUCAAGUAGGAUGUUCUGAGCUGAUUUCACAAAAGUAUUGUCCUAAAAUAUGAUUCAUCCAUUAAGCAAAUCCAAAACAGGAAAAUUGGGCACUUAGUCUCUGGGCCACCAGCAGAAUAUGUAAGGUUUGACUAUUAAGCUAUCUCCAUUGUUUAAGGGGAAGAUGUCUUAUUCAGCUUGGUGUAAUGACCAAGAGAGCCGCCAGAUGUCUUCUGGUAGAGCAUGUAGAUAACUGGAUUCACCUAAAGGGAGCCCAGUGCGCUCAUACACCAGGGUUUUACAUGAUGCAGAAACCUGCAUCCAAUACCCACAAAUGUCUAGAAUGGAUGAAGAAAAGAAAUGUAGUGCAUCCUGUGGGACGCAAGGUAAUAUUCAUUCUACCAAAUUCUUGGCAAGAAAUAUUAAGUUCUUGUAAUUGAUGGAAUUAUCAAAUCUUACCGUACAGUAUUCUACACAAUCUCAUUAGUUUACAGGGCUCUCAUAUAUCCUGUAAUGAUCCUUGAAAUAAGUUAUUGGUUCCCAUAGACCCCUAUUUUUUUUUGUAGGUCAAGGUAAAACUCUGAUUUCACUCUGCAGAGCUUUUUCUAUGCUGGGCCAAGUUCCACUUACCGUGGGUUUGAAUCUCUGAUUAUGAUCCUUGGUUUGUCAGCACCAUAUCCUGGCUUUCCCCUCACAUGAAGCUUCCAUGCCGUGAUGUAACUGAAAUAUUUUUCAAAGCAACAUAAAACCAAAUAAACUUGCUCCAUUAUCCACCUGAGACCAGGAUCACCCAUAGCUUCAUGCAUGUGUCCGAUCCACCCGACACCAGGAUCACCUAUAGCUUCAUGCAUGUGUCAGAUCCACCCGACACCAGGAUCACCCAUAGCUUCAUGCAUGUGUCCGGUCCACCCGACACCAGGAUCACCUAUAGGUCCGAUCCACCCGACACCAGGAUCACCUAUAGGUCUGAUCCACCCGACACCAGGAUCACCCAUAGCUUCAUGCAUGUGUCCGAUCCACCCGACACCAGGAUCACCUAUAGGUCUGAUCCACCCGACACCAGGAUCACCUAUAGGUCUGAUCCACCCGACACCAGGAUCACCUAUAGGUCUGAUCCACCCGACACCAGGAUCAUCUAUAGGUCGGAUCCAUUGUGGCAUCAAGAUGAAGCAGAAUUGGUUGCUGUUAUUGGGUAUGUUGGAAUGAAUUUAAGACCAAACUGAUUUACAGACUCAUUGUCUUUUAUUCUUUCAAUGUGACAUUUCAGUGCAUGUGAUAGAUAUGUCAGUCAUGUCUUCAUUCAUACUUCAGCUAAAAUGGAGCCAUUUAAACUCAGCCUUAUAGGAAUGGGUAUUGAUAAUGCCAGAGACAAAAAUUGGCACACUUGCAUUAUACCGGCUACCUGUUUUGCCAUAUUUGUUGUCAGUGAAAGUGUAGCUAUUUGAAAAAUUGUGGGAUAUAGCUCAAAAUUAGCUGAACAUUACCCCGCUUGCAUUUGAAUGGGUAAAUAUGAUAAAACUUUUGAAAUUAAUGUUUCAAGUUGCAUACGGCGUGCAGCAAUCUCAUCCGUUACAUGCAUCAGACAUGUAUGUUUUAUUAACUUUGGUAACUGAAAAUUAGAUUUACUUACGGAAGCUUUUAACACUCUAAACCCUAAACCCCAUGUUAAUCUGGCAAGCCAGCUAAAAGUGGCAGCUAUUUAGAAAGUGGUAUGAAGGAUGGAGCCAACACACAUCCCCUACCAAAGGACAGAAAUGACAGAAAUUAUGCGGCAUACUGCAAUCUGCCCCAAAGAUUGAAUUUUCUGUUAUGCAAUAUAUUUGGAAACAAUCAUGUCACAAUGAUGACGAAUGCUUGAACAUUCAGGUUCAGAGAACAUGUCCUGAUUCAUAUACUUCUCAUGACUAUAGUUAAUAUGUCAUGGCCAUGAUAGAAAGCUUAAAUCACGUGGAAAAAAAAAAUAUAUAUAAGUGUAUAUAUAUAUAUAUAGAAAAAGCACAGUAAAGUUCUAACUCUCAAACACAAUAUAAUAAUAAUAAAAUAAGUGGAGGAAGAUUGA